AUGGACUAUACCCAGCACGGUCCCCAACAGUCAGCGGGAGAAAUGAUGCUGCUCGAUAACAUGUCAAAUCAGACGAUUCCCGUAUUCGGUACAGAAGGUGGCCUCAACAAGUCUCCAUACGUUGGCAUGCCCGAGGACUUCAUGGCAUACCUGUUCAACACAGGUUCACAAAGCGCAGACGGCUCUACAAUGGGGCAGAUGACUCCCCAGCAAUAUGCAACCAACUAUGGGGAGUUCGGGGCGCAGCAGUAUAGCGUCCCAUACUAUGGUACCGAACCGGCCCAGCUCGGUUACUUCCCGGCGGCGGCGCCUCAACAGGUUAUGGCCGUCAAUAAUUUACUCGAUCAGAACCUCCCCGAGUCGCUUAUUUCAGACGAAAAGGCCAAUGAGAUUUUUGAGUUUAUCAAGGAAAGAUUCCAUGAGAAUGGCCAUACGCCGGUGGAGCGACAGAGGGAAAACAUCAUUGAAGGCGAGAGGAAUGACGAGCAUAUGCUUGGACGCAAGAUGAUUCAAGCUUACAUUGGCUCGUACUGGCUUCAUUUCAGCGACCAAGUCCCCAUCCUCCACAAACCUACUUUUUCGCCCGAUCGGACUCCCCCACUUCUGUUGAUCGCUAUGAUGGCUAUUGGAGCUGCUUGCUUGGACAAAGCACAUGGGCAUAAGGUUACAAAAGCUGGCGCUCAGCUCUCCAACUUUCUCGCAUGGCAUCUCAGAUGGGAGACGUUCAUGGAUGCUAAUUUCAAGCCACCUGCGAAGCUGUGGGUCUUCCAGACCCUUUUGCUCCUUGAACUGUAUGAGAAGAUGUAUUCUACACGAGAACUGCAUGAACGGGCCCAUAUUCACCAUGCGACAACAAUCACCUUGAUGCGCCGUGGUCGGUCUCUUAUCGGCAAGUCAGCUCUAGAUUCCCCGCCAAACCCAAGGGAAGACAAGCAGAACGGUUCGAGACAUUCAUCCACCUCGGGCGUGGCUCACACCGCUGAUGAAUGGUGGAAUCAUUGGAUCACAAAUGAGACGACUCGGCGUGCUGCAUUCGCUGCAUUCGUUAUCGAUUCAAUUCAUGCUACCAUGUUCGGUCACUCGACCGUGAUGGUGGCCCAUGAAAUGCGUCUGCCGUUGCCCUGUGAUGACUCGCUGUGGAAAGCCCAGAGCGGUGCAGAGGUGGGAAGGAUUGAGGCUAAUCUGAUGUCGAACGGCAUCAAGCCAAUAUCUUUCCUAGAGGGGCUCAAGCGGACUUUGAGUAACCAGCCAGUCCAGACCAACUCGUUCGGCCGAAUGAUUCUGAUGGCUGGUCUCCUUAGCGUAAGCUGGCACAUGAACCAGCGAGAUCUGCAGGUGAACUCCCUCGGCGGAGGAGUUUCUCAAGCUUUGGGUGGUCGUGAUAAAUGGCGAAGCACACUUACCAGGGCUUUUGACUCGUGGAAGAGCGACUUUGACAAGUCCCUUGAUCGGGGCGAUAUCUCUUCUGACCCUUAUGCCAUUGAUACAUCUAACCGGGGCGAGGCGAAUAUUGUAUUUGAAAGCCGAGUCGUUCUCCAUCAUCUCGCACAUAUGGCGAUGCAUGUGGAUAUUGUCGAUUGUCAAAUCUUUGCGCGGGCCAAGAGGUUGCUUGGGCGAGCGAUUGGCACGCAGGAUCUCAGCAGCGCCCAGAGAAGGAUGAAAGACAUCUGGGCGCCGUCGGCAAAAGCACGGGAUGCCACAUUCUAUGCUCUCAAGUUCUUGAACUCGGUGCUUAUGACUAACCACUCCGGCUCGCCGCAUUCAAGUGGCUAUAGCCAGACAGACGAGCCAUAUUCAGCACGAGAUGACGUCCUUCUGAACCGGCCGUGGGUUCUCUACUUUGCUGCACUUGUUGUGUGGUGCUACGGGUAUGCCUUAGAGGGCCCAUGCCCCAACGUCACCGUACCAUCCUCGCGACAUGAGCAAGUCCUUCAGAUGCGAGAAUACCUCAUGGUCUAUGGAAAUGUUGCAUCUCCUGAGGAACUGAAGAUCAAGAAAGGGGUCAAUAACAAUAGCGCUAUGCUCUUGGUUCUGAAGGAUACAUUCGAGACAACUAGAUGGGAGCUUCUUCACGAAGGCGCCACGCUCCUCACCAAUUGCAUCUCCCUGAACUCAGGAUCUACUAUUUAA